CCUUCGCGCUCCGCAAGACGGAUAAAAACGACACCGAGAUUGGCAGCCGUGCCAGCGGCGGCACCGAUAGCAGUCGUCAAGAGCGCGGCCCAAGUAGUUGUGAGGCUGCCCGCGCAAGACACGCAUCACAAUACGCGUUGCCAGCAUGGCGGCGGCGGCCUCUGAUGACGUCGCACUCGCCGUAGACGCGCCGCGGCAGUGCGUGACGCCGGCGGCGGCCGCACCACAACCAGAGGCUGCUUUUGACAACAGCUUCUUCACGGCCGGCUGCGAGAAGGUGAGGGAGCGAAACGCGCACAAGUCGACCUUCGGGCUGCGCCAGUUGAUGUACGCGCCCGACGACCGCCACGACGUCGCUGUAUUAAAUAUUGCGGACCUCGAGCGCCUCGACGAGCGGCGGGAUAGAAUAAGACACCGCGGCAUCGAGCGGCGCUGCACCUGGUGGUGCACGCUGCAGGGCACGGUCGUGACGGACGUGCUGCGGUCGCCCUUCUUCUUCGCGUCCUUCGGCGUCUACGCCGCGACGCUGUGGGUCUUCGACAAGCCGGAGAAGGAGCACAACGGUUUAUAUGCCACGGUGCUGACGGUGCUCGGCGCGUUCCUCUCGUUCGCGUCGAUCUUCCUCAACAGCGAAACAUAUCAAAGAUUUCGAGCAUCUUAUCUCGCGUCGGUGAAAUGCCAGGGGUGCAUAUUCAACGCGACGACCUGCGCCCGGGCGUCGAUGCGAGACGUCGCCGCGCGGACCGUGUCGCGGUUUAUAUGCGGCGCGUACAUUAUGGCGUUCGCCGGGUUGAGGGACUCGCACUACGACGCCGACGAGGUGCUCCACCCCUUCCUGCAGAAGUACGGCUUGCUCACGGAGGAGGAGUGGGAGGCGCUGCGGAAGCGGGGAGGCUUCGCGGGCACGGGCGAUAGGUACCGGGAGCUCAUCUCCUGGACUUUGAAAGUAGUAAACGAGGAGCGCGACGCGGGCCGGUGCCACGGGAACGACGCGUGGCGGUUGUGUUCUGAUAUAUUGAUGCUGCGGGGCAAGCUGGCCGUCGGUUAUGAUUUGUUGGGGCAGCCUGUGCCGUUCGUGUACGUGCACCUCGUGCGUCUGCUUACGAUCUGCUACCUACCCGUCUUCGCGUUCGUCCUGGCCCGCCUCGGCUCGCGCACGCCUGUGUGGAAAUCAAAAACUUUACGGCGCGUUCGUCCUGAAUCGCCGCGUCGACCUCCACGCCAACGAUGCAUGCACCCGUCGCACUGGUUGAUUUCCACACAGGCGCACGCCCGAGGCGAUCGGCCUGGCCUGCGUCGCCAUCGUCAUCGCAUGCCUGUUCUUCUUGGGCAUCAACACGGUCUCCACCAAACUGGCGGACCCGUACGGGCACGACCUGGACGAUUUGCGCAUCCUGUCGCAUUGCAAGCUGAUGCCCGGUCCUUCCACGGCGUCCAUGACAGAUUCCAUGACGUCGCCGCCGCGAGUACUCUGCACCACGCGCACGCCAUCGACGCGCGACUCCCGCGCAGGCGCGUGCAAGUCGAUCCUCACGGCCGAGCUCCCCGCCGGCACGCGCGCGAGCCUCCGGGUCGACCGCCGUGA